CUGCGUGACUUUGCGGUCUGUGUCUGUGGUGGCGGCCUGGAGGACAGGACAGUGUCUGGAGGAGGAGGACGCGGCAGUGAGACACCACAGGUACCAACAUCAUAAACAGCCCGAUGUGAUGGUCAUUGUUGUUUGCCACAGUAUUAGGAGUGUUAGCGCGUUCAUCUGUAUCUCUGUCUGUGGCACGCGGACAAUUAUACGUCAGCAUGCGUUACUGUAGACAACAGGUCAUGUGGUAACCUUGAGCCCGUGCCACCUGGAGACAGUUACGCAUGGCGCACUUGGAGCGCGCUGAUGUGAUUUCGUCUUAUUUCCCUAAAGCGUAUUUGGAUCACGCUCAUACUGAGCAUAUGUGUGUGUGUGUCUCAUUUUGUCUCCUCCUCCUCCUCCUCCUCCACCUCCUCGUCCUCAGUAAGAGAGGGAGCAUAUGAGAGAGGGAGCGCGCACACGCGCACACGUCAGCUCUGGGAGGGAGAGCGAAGAAUGUUGUCUAUUUAAAAUGCAGCGAGUGUCACACAGGAGUCCAGACGACGGCACUGCGUGGACGUGAAGAGGUGUGUGUGCGUGACCGUGACCGUGUUGUUGCAGGAGGAGGAGGAGGUGAAGGAGGAGGUAGUGGUGGUGGAGGAGGAGGAGGAGGAGGAGGAGAGGAAGACAGAGGGCGCAGAGAUGCCAGUUGGACCGUCGCACGCGCAGAUGUGACGCCUGGACACAGACGGAGACAGAAGACGCACGAGGACGUUUCCAAAGACGCGCGGUGGUGAGGAGCACCGAGGAGCAGAGAGUGUCAGCCCGGAGGAGGAGGGUGGAGGGUGGAGGGUGAAAAUGACAGUGGUGCCCGGUGAGAACCUGGAUGAGACUGUGGCACUGGCCGCGCUGUCCGCGCACGAUGCGUACGACCCGGAGAGAACAGCGGGGAACCAGGAGUGCUGCGAGCGCGUGGUGAUCAACAUCUCCGGGCUGCGCUUCGAGACGCAGCUCAAGACGCUCGCCCAGUUCCCCCACACCCUGCUGGGUGACCCGCGUAAAAGGAUGCGCUUCUUUGACCCACUGCGCAACGAGUACUUCUUCGACCGGAACCGACCCAGUUUCGAUGCCAUCCUGUACUACUACCAGUCCGGAGGUCGGCUUCGGAGACCCGUCAAUGUCCCCGUGGACAUUUUCAUGGAGGAGAUUAAAUUUUAUGAACUGGGUGAGGAAGUGAUCGAGAACUUUAAGGAGGACGAAGGCUUCAUCAAGGAGGAAGAGCGACCGCUGCCGGACAACGAGUUCCAGCGGCAGGUCUGGCUUUUGUUCGAGUACCCAGAAAGUUCUGGACCGGCCCGAGGCAUUGCCAUCGUCUCGGUGCUGGUGAUCCUCAUCUCCAUUGUCAUUUUCUGCAUGGAGACUUUACCAGAGUUCAGGGAGGAGACGAGGACGUUCGACGAGCAGCAGCAGCAGCAGCAGCAGCAGCAGCAGCAGCUCCUCCAGCAGCAGCUGCACAUGAACCUCCAGGUGAACGGAACCGUCCGCGCCAAGAAGCUCAACCCGUUCACAGAUCCCUUCUUCAUUGUAGAGACGCUCUGCAUCAUCUGGUUUUCAUUUGAGUUGCUGGUGCGCUUCCUAGCCUGCCCAAGCAAACCUGCCUUCUUCAAGAACAUCAUGAACACCAUCGACAUCGUGGCCAUCAUGCCCUACUUCAUCACCCUGGGGCUAGAACUGGCCGAGCACCAGGGCAACGGCCAGCAGGCCCAGGGCAACGGCCAGCAGGCCAUGUCCCUGGCCAUCCUCCGGGUCAUCCGCCUGGUGCGCGUCUUCCGCAUCUUCAAGCUCUCCAGACACUCCAAGGGUCUGCAGAUCCUCGGGAAGACCCUACAGGCCAGCAUGCGGGAGCUGGGCCUCCUCAUCUUCUUCCUCUUCAUCGGGGUCAUCCUCUUCUCCAGCGCGGUGUACUUCGCGGAGACCGACGACCCGGACUCGGGCUUCAGCAGCAUCCCGGACGCCUUCUGGUGGGCGGUAGUGUCCAUGACUACGGUGGGCUACGGGGACAUGUGUCCGGUCACCAUCGGCGGUAAAAUCGUCGGUUCCCUGUGCGCGAUCGCUGGUGUCCUCACCAUCGCGCUGCCGGUGCCGGUCAUCGUCUCGAACUUCAACUACUUCUACCACCGGGAGACCGAGCACGAGGAGCAGCUGCAGUACACGCAUGUCACCUGUGGGCAGCAGCCUGUCCCGGGGUACGGGGAUUUCAAGCGCAGCGACAGCAAACCGUCUCUGUCGAACAAGUCGGACUACCUGGACAUGGAGGACGCGGACUCCAUCAAGUACACCAACUGCAGCCCGCACAAGGCGCAGUGCGCCGGGAAACUGACGGACGUGUGAAGCGGCUCCCGCGUCUGAGGAUUGAACGCACCUCACGUUCUGCUGUGCCAUCAACAUCCUGCGCUCCGGUCCGAGCUCAUAUUUGGUUCUCUGACGUCACUUCAUUCACCACAGAGGAAGAAAUGGACCACACGGGAGUCCACAUCAAAACAAACAAACAAACAAAUGAUGAUGAUGAUGAUGAUGAUGAAGCAGGUUAGUGAUGACCAGGCUGUAGGUCAGUGUAGCACUUUAUCACUUUAUUUUGAUAAUUUAUCUACGUACAUGAGUGGACCCGGGUCCAGUUCUAGGGGAGGGUUCCACGUCCACCUGGACUGAAGUCAUGAACUAACACAGCUGCCUCACUGUAAGAAAACCAUCUACAACUAUAACCUGUUUCUGUUGCAUUCCUGUGCUUUCUGAAUGGUGGUUUGACUGACAUGACACGCCGUCAUCACUAACAGCUGCCACAGCCGAGACACAGAAGAAAAAAAACCUGCCAGGAAAUCCAGAUUCACUUCAAUUUCUUUCAAAUUAUAAAAUAGGAAAGAUGGGGGGGAAGGAUUUUUGACAAGAUUUUACAUAAAAAGUGCUUGAACCACCAGUUGAUCAAGAACUUUUUGUCAGUGUCAGAAUAAGUUUUUCAUUUUAGACCUUGGUGGAGUUACAUUUGUGGGAAAUGGGCUAAAAUCCUCCAUGUUGAACCAUGUUUUUCACCAGAUUCAGCAUCUGUGUCUCGGUCUGUCACGUUAACAUGUCAUGUUAAGACUCACCAUCAUCAAAGUCCUCAAACGACCAGAACCUCUUAGCUUCAAAGGUUAGUUUAGGAUCUUAGCUGAACUGUGAGAGACUCGUCUGGUCCUGGUCUGGUCCUGGUCUGCCAUGGUUUGGACCCAAACUGCAGAGGUGGGUCACGUUAUGGUCCACUCAUGCCCAGUACCAGAUAUGUUUGGUACCUGGAACUAACUAAAAGAACCAAACACUCCUACCUACGGACAACUGUAUCUUUUCAGGUACCAAACACCUGUGGAUUUAAGUUCAACUGGAACCCAGUGGUUGUCAUUUAGUCAGGCUCUAGAACCGACCGACGUGUCUCAACUUUAUCUUUUCAGACAGACACAGACAUAGAGGGAGGGUCUCUCUUGUAGAAUGACGGCCUGGUUUUUAGUUGUGAGUCCGUGAAGGUCGGUGGUUCAGGUGAGGAGCAGCAGCCUGUGACGACCGUGUCCAGACCUGAACCCUCAGACAGUCCACAGAGUCCACAGAGUCCACAGGGAGACACUUGUCCUUCACAUACACAUCAACACCCAUGAAAACCCCCCGCUGCAGCUAUUCCAAUACAGGGGCGCCCUCGUGUGGACAAACGAGACCCUGCGGCCUUAUCUGACUGGAUGCAGUUUCUAUAGCAACCUUCUAGACUUUUCUGUAUUGUCUGGCUGAAAGGACACAGACGGAGAACUGUGGAGAGAGAAAGCAAGAAAAAAGAAGAAAAAAAAAGAAAAGAAAAAACCCACCAUGUUGUUGUGGAGCCUCCAUGUUGGCUGGUUUCAGUGGAGAGGAUUCACUCCAAUCACGACGCACCUUAUUUUGAUUAUUAUUCCCUGAAGAAACAAACAAAAGAAAAACACCAUCACGUAUUGAUUCAGUCUCAGCCACAGACUAAAACACAUUUUUAAUAUUUAUGCUUUAAAGUGACGGAUAUUCAGUUCUUUAGCCCUGACUUAGUUUUAAUAUAUAUAUAUAUAUAAAUACAGUUUAAGAUAAACAGCAGAGAAUUUGACCAAUAACAAUAAAACAAAGCAAAUGUUGUUGUAUUCAGACAAAAAGUAAAAAAGUUUUAGUAUUUUCAGAUUGUCUAUAAAGAAAGUAUUUUUUGUAUUUAGAAAAAACCCCACUGUACAUACAGAAGCCAUUUGUCAUUAAUAUUAAAUGCCAUAACAUAAUAUAUAUGAUUAUACGUCAAUAAUACCAUUAUAGGAAUACUUCAGAGAGCCAUUUCAAAAAUUAAAAUAGAAAAAAAAUAUUU